AAGCGAGAGUUUAGCCGGAUCCUCGUUGCUAGGAGACGGAGAUGCGUCUUUCGGCUGGAGAUCCAAAUUCCCUGCAAUUCCAGCCUCUUUCUUACCUGAAGACUGAGAUCUAAGGUCCCACUACCGUCCAGGUGCAGUUCCAGAAGGCCCCAUUUUGGGGACGGUUUCCUCCUUUCCCGUCUACAGCCGGCAGAGGCAGUCCGAGGAUACUUGCCCAGAUAUCCAGUCUCCUACUCAGCUAUGCCCAAGAAAGGGAAGAAGGCCAAGACGCCCCUCUCCGAUGAGGAGCAACUGCUUUUGUUUCAGCAGAAGUUGCUGGCAGAGGAGGAGAUGGCCAAGAAGAAAGAGAGGCUCCUGAGCCAGUUCUUGAAGGAUAAGCUGGCCAAGGAGGAGCACAAUAGUGCUCUGAACCUUAAUAAGAUUAACACACAAUGGAGAACUGUCCUUAGGGAAGUCAAGACCAGAGAGCUUCAUAAGGACAUUGAGAUCCUCCGCCAAACAUUUGAACGAGUUGUGGACUGCAAGGACAGUGUCAUCAAGUCUUUAGCUAAGGACCUGUCAGAAGCCGAGCAGCAGCAUGCCCAUGCCCUGUGCAGCCACUUGCACAACAUUGACCAGCUCUUGGCCCUGCAGAGGUGCCGGCUCAGCCUCCUAGAGGAAAGUUACAACAUGGAGCUGGAGGCCCUAACCAAGGAGUUUGAGACAGAAAGGAAGAUAAUUAUUGACCAGCAUGAAAAAGAGAUACACUACCUACAAGAUGUCUUCAUGGCCAUGGAGCAGAAUUAUAUAGAUUAUGAGUAUGAAAGCAAGCUGGAGUUCCAGAGCACAUGGGACGACCUCAAAAACAAGAAUUUAGAAGAGAAGCACUUUUUAAGACUGCAGCUAGAGAAUACAGUAGAAGAUCUGUGGAGACGGUUCCAGGAUGCACUCAAGAGUUACACUGAUGCCACAGAGGAUCAGAAGGUUGCCUUCGAGACCCUGAAGGUGAAGGAUGAGAGGAGCUCCAAAGAGAUUGAAGCACAGAUGAAAAAAAUACAGAGACUACAGGAUUCCAUAACUAUUUUAAAAGGCAAGAUCAUGGUGCACAGCCAUGAGAGUGAAGAGCAGAACCAGUACAUUCGUGAUGACAAGGAGUUGAUCCUUGCACAGCUGCGUAAACUUAAGGCCCAAAGGACUCAGGCCCGGGGAAUAUCACAGGAGAACUUAGUCAAACUCACUCUGGAAAGUAACGCCACCCUCAAGGCCCUGAGAAAGAUCGUCGAUAAGGGUGAAAAGAUCCUUAAACUUGCUGAAAUUUGUAGGAAAUUUGAAACAGAGGAAGAAAAAGUGCUGCCCUUUUAUUCAUCAGGUUUGACUCCCAAGGAGCAAAGGGAGAUAGAGGAAAUUAAGCCAGAGGAGCUCACUGAGGAGCUGGCAAAGGUGAUAGCAAACUACACAGGGAUGGAGAAUUUCUGGAAAAGGUACAACAAAGUGAAACUGGAGCAACUGAGCCUCCAACACAGACAUGCCCAGUUGUUAGAAAUCAAUGGGAAGUUGCGGGAGAUGCUCAAGCAGUACUUAGAUGGCAUCUCAGUGAGUGAUGAGGUGCUGAGCCAGCUCAAUCCACUCUUCAUCGUCAACCACCGGAGCAACUUACCCGAGCCCUCGUUCACACAUCCAACCCAGCCAGGUGACAACCAACCUCCGACCACUUACAACAUCAUUGAAGCAGCCCACGUGAUCUCCCACAUCCUGUGACACAAGGAGAAAAUCUCUUCUCAACCCCAGAGAAUUUUUUGAGAGACCUGAGGAUUUUGCUAUUAAAAAUUUCCAUGGAGUGGUGGGCUCCUUCUAUCUUUGCCAUAUUGGACAGAGCAGUCUGCUUUGAGGAUACUAGGAAUACAGCAGCCCCAGGGAGUGGAGCGAAUAGCUAGGCAACUAUCAGGAGACUUACUGCUCAGUGAAGCAUUGCUGCUCAGUCAGGGCACCAUGGGAGCCAAAAUCCAUUCAGGAUCUAGAGAUCCUGUGGGAAGAUUCAAGAACAAGUCCUUGGGGUAAGUUAGGACAGGAAGAGAAGGCCAGGGGAAGAGGUGACCCAAAGCCUCCAACCACC